GUGCUGAAGCCCGGAGGCAUGGUGCUCUUCAGAGACUACGGACUGAACGAUCACGCCAUGCUGAGGUUUAAAGCCGGCAGCAAGCUGGGGGAAAACUUCUACGUCCGGCAAGAUGGAACCAGAUCAUACUUCUUCUCUAAAGAGUUCCUGUCCGAGCUGUUUGCGGACGCCGGCCUCCAGUCCGUUUCUAACGACUACGUCCUGAGAGAGACGGUCAACAAGAAGGAGGGGCUUUGUGUCCCCAGAGUGUUCCUGCAGAGCAAAUUCACCAAGCCCGGCCAAUCACAGAGCUCCUGACGCCACCUGGCCAAUCACAGAGCUCCUGACGCCACCUGGCCAAUCCCAGAGCUCCUGACGCCACCUGGCCAAUCACACAGCUCCUGACGCCACCUGGCCAAUCCCAGAGCUCCUGACGCCACCUGGCCAAUCACACAGCUCCUGACGCCACCUGGCCAAUCACAGAGCUCCUGACGCCACCUGGCCAAUCACACAGCUCCUGACGCCACGGAGCCAAUCCCAGAGCUCCUGACGCCACCUGGCCAAUCACAGAGCUCCUGGUGUAACCCCUGCCUGUGUGUUUCACCUCAGAAAUACAACUGAAAUGUCUCGAUGACAUUUAAUGGCGAAAAUCAGUUUUAUCCCUGCUGGAUUUGGCUGGUUUGUGGUCGACGUGCUGCUGAUUUUGAGUCCUUCAGAUCAUGAGGGAGAUGCAUGAGGUUAAAGAAAGUUAAUAAUGCCUUCUUCUGUUAAUCUACCUCAGUUUUUUGGUCCUUUGCCAAAAGAUGUAGCAUCUUACAAGUGGAACUAAAGGGCAGAAAGGAGCAUGGAUGUUCAGCAAAGCCGUCAGCUGGAUGAAAAGUGGAACUCUGGGGACGAUAAUUAGAGAUUCAGAUUUCAAAGCCUUUUGUCCAACUUGGAUUAGCCUCUAGCGUCAGCAGGAGAACUUCCUCCUUCUAACCUGUGUCUCCUGGCCAAAAGCAGGUGUUUUGAGUGCUUUAUUCCACAUUAUAUAAAGUAACGGGAUCAUUGUGUAUGAGGUGAGUGCUUUUAAUUUUGUGUGAAUUAAUGCCUUUUAAAAAAAAUAGCUGUUCUCCAUUUUGUUAGUUCACACAUGGUCUUAAAUACGCCCGCAGUGUCACUUCCUGCUUAUGCUCCUGUUUGCUGUAAACCACUGAGACAGAUCGUCAUCCUACACACAUCAACAUCAUGACUGUUUCAUAAUAAAGUUAUUUACAUCUUAGGUGGUUUCCAAGUAUCUCCAAAUCACAAGAUGAUGCUUCCAUCAAAAUCCUU